UAAGCUAAUUAAGACACAACAUCAUCAAAGAGUUUCUCAAAAAGACCCAACAACAAUGGAUGAUGUUCAUCAUGUUCAAGUAGAAUCAAAAGCUCCUCCUCAUCAUCAUCAUAAUCAUGAUAGUCAUCAUCGUUCUUCUCUCAUUGCUCUCAUGAGAGCAUCACCAUCUUCUUCAUUGACUCCCUCCUCUUCCACCUCAUCAUCAUCAUCUUCUUCUUCUUCUUCUUGGACCCUUAAGAAAUACCUCCUCUACGACCACCCGGGUCCGACCGGGUCCAAUAAUGUUCCUCCUCAUGAUGAUGAAGAUCAUCAAGAACACCAACUACGACCACCACACGUGGCAGAAAUCCAAGAACUUCAGAAAAGAGUGUUCAUCGAUGGCAUUGUCGGUCACAGUGGGAUGCAAUGGAACCAUGUGAACAGCCGGUUCGACCAAGUUUCCUCGACCAGAACCAGCCCUGAACCGGUUGUAGAAUGGUCCAACUUUGCCUUCUGCAUUGGGAUGCAGUCUUCACCAGAAUUUGCCAAUGAAUUGCUAAGAGCAUUAAGAGGAGGAAAGGAUUGGAAAUUCAACAUCACUAAAACUGAUUUGUACCGUUUCUGGCUUCGGAUUAAAGAUGAUUCUUUUGAUUCAAGAAUGCGAUUUUUUUUUUACAUGUGUAACAGAAACAAUGAUGGAAGAAUUACCAAGACAGAUGUAAAACAGACAAUUGUAUUGGCUGCAUCUAUAAAUAAGUUAUCCGUGACACAAGAAGAAGCCGAGAACUCUGCAGCUUUAAUUAUGGAAUCACUUGACCUCCAAAACAAAGGCUACAUUCAGAUAUCUGAAAUGGAGUGUCUGUUGAAGUUAAUCCAAAGUCCAUCAAAGAAAUCAUUAGCAGCAGGAGAUACAGAGAAGCAAAAUAAUGUGGAGAGCAACAAGAAUGGGUUCCUUGAGGAGCAAGAAACAAUGUCAAGGGCGGAAGUGUUGUUCCGAACGAACUGGCGGCGCGCUUGGAUGGUUCUGGUUUGGGUAAUGGCUUGCAUUGUGCUGUUUGGGUGGAAAUUCUAUCAGUACAGUCGUAGAUCAGGAUUUCAAGUGAUGGGUUAUUGCCUUCCAACUGCAAAAGGUGCAGCUGAAACGUUGAAACUCAACAUGGCUCUCAUUCUCCUCCCUGUUUGUAGAAACACAAUCACUUGGCUCCGCAAGGAUCCUAGGAUCAACUAUCUCAUUCCUUUUAAUGACAACAUUAACUUCCACAAGCUUAUUGCAGCAGGAAUAGUGGUGGGUGUGAUCUUGCAUGGCGGUACACACCUUGCCUGUGAUUUCCCAAGAAUCAGCGGCUCGAGCACGGCGGUUUUCCAGCAGACUAUAGCGGCGAGAUUCGGGUUCCGGCAGCCAACGUACUUGCAAAUUUUGGCCACAACAGAGGUGGCAAGUGGGAUAGCCAUGGUGUUUCUAAUGGCCAUUGCAUUCACACUUGCAACAAAGUGGCCGAGACGUCGCUCGCCGGCGCUGCCGGUGUCCCUAAGAAGGGUCACCGGCUACAACACAUUUUGGUACUCACACCAUUUGUUUGUUAUUGUCUAUGCAUUGCUCAUUGUCCACUCCAUGUUCUUGUUCCUAACUAACAAAUGGACCGAGAAAACGACUUGGAUGUACAUUGCUUUUCCAGUUUUGUUAUACACUGGAGAGAGGAUCUUUAGAGCUGUAAGGUCAGGAUCUUAUGAAGUUGAUAUCUUCAAGGUAAGUCUGUGUCCCGGAAAAGUUUUGUACCUGAAAAUGCAAAAACCUGAAGGCUUCAAGUACCAAAGUGGCAUGUAUAUAUUCCUUCAGUGCCCACAAAUUUCAUCCCUUGAAUGGCAUCCAUUUUCCUUAACUUCAGGACCACAAGAUGAUUACCUUAGUGUGCAUAUUAGAACUCUUGGAGAUUGGAGCUACCAAAUAUACGACCUAUUCCAAGAGGCAGUGUUAACAAGAUCGGAAGUGUGUCCAAAAGUGUACAUAGAUGGGCCAUAUGGUUCUGCUUCUCAAGAUCAUGUUAAGUAUGACAUUGUGGUGCUGAUUGGCCUUGGUAUUGGAGCCACACCUUUCAUUAGCAUCCUCAAAGAUGUAGCAGCUACAACACACAAUGAUCAUGUUCAUAGUGGUGUGAGAGAAUACGGCAACUUAACAAAGUGUCCGCAAAAGGCAUAUCUCUAUUGGGUCACAAGAGAGCAAAAUUCCCUUGAUUGGUUUAGAGAUGUUAUGAAUCAAAUUGCAACUUCAAACAGAAAUCAGUCGGUGGUGGAAAUGCACAAUUUUCUUACUAGUACCGUAUAUCCUGCCGGAGAUAUCCGUGCGGCGCUGCUAAGUGUCAUUCAGGAGUUGCAUCACGCCAAGAAUGGCACUGACUUAGUUUCCAGGAGCCCAAUAUACACUCAUUUUGCUCGUCCGAAUUGGUUCAACAUAUUUGCUAGAUUAGCUCAAAGGCACAGGGGAGCUAAGAUUGGGGUUUUCUAUUGUGGCUCAUCUAAUUUGGCAAGGGAGUUGAAGAAGUUGUGCACCAAAUUUUCCACCAAAACCACAACAAGAUUUGUUUUCCACAAGGAAAAUUAUUAAACCUUGAAUGAUUGGUGUUGUGUCAAAUUCAUAGUGAAGAAUGCAAAUUAAGUCAGGUACAAAGCAAAUCAUCAACUAUUUAGUCUAUAGUCUAGAGAGUGUGUUUGGUGCUAUUUUGGUAGGAAUUAAGAAAGUAUUAGUUAUAUACCAAGAAAAAAAAAAGAAAGUAUAGUUAUCAAAAGGAAGGGAAAAACAAAUUGAAGAGUUAUAUAUUUAUAGUAAGGGAAUAUUGUUUUACCAGAUAUAGAAGUAAAU